GAAUCUCUCUGGGACGCCAUGCCGGACCAGAUCUCCGUGUCGGAAUUCGUGUCCGAGACCAAUGAGGAUUACAAGUCACCCACCGCCUCCAACUUCACCACCCGGAUGGCCCAGUGCAGGAACACGGUGGCGGCCAUCGAGGAGGCUCUGGAUGUCGACCGAACUGUUCUCUAUAAAAUGAAGAAAUCUGUAAAAGCCAUAAAUUUAUCUGGUCUGGCUCACGUGGAAAAUGAAGAACAGUAUACACAAGCACUGGAGAAGUUUGGUGGCAACUGUGUUUGCAGGGAUGACCCAGAUUUGGGAACAGCGUUUUUAAAAUUUUCUGUGUUUACAAAGGAAUUAACUGCACUCUUCAAAAAUUUGAUUCAGAAUAUGAACAACAUAAUCACUUUUCCAUUGGACAGUUUGCUGAAGGGAGACCUGAAAGGAGUAAAAGGGGACCUGAAAAAACCCUUUGAUAAAGCUUGGAAGGACUAUGAAACAAAAGUUACAAAAAUAGAGAAGGAGAAAAAAGAGCAUGCUAAGCUGCACGGAAUGAUUCGUACAGAAAUAAGUGGAGCUGAAAUUGCAGAAGAGAUGGAGAAAGAAAGAAGGUUCUUCCAGUUACAGAUGUGUGAGUACCUGCUGAAAGUCAAUGAAAUCAAGAUUAAAAAAGGAGUGGACUUGCUUCAGAACUUGAUCAAGUAUUUUCAUGCUCAGUGCAAUUUCUUUCAGGAUGGGUUAAAAGCAGUUGAAAGUCUCAAACCUUCAAUUGAGAUGCUCUCAACAGAUCUUUAUACGAUUAAACAAGCACAAGAUGAAGAACGAAGACAAUUAACGCAGCUCAGAGAUAUUUUAAAAUCAGCACUCCAAGUUGAUCAGAAAGAGGAUUCUCAGAUUCGUCAGAGUACAGCUUACAGUUUACAUCAGCCUCAGGGAAACAAGGAACAUGGCACUGAGCGGAGUGGCAGUCUGUACAAGAAAAGUGAUGGAAUCAGAAAAGUGUGGCAGAAAAGGAAGUGCUCAGUUAAAAAUGGUUUUCUUACAAUUUCCCAUGGUACAGCUAACCGACCUCCAGCAAAACUCAAUCUGUUAACCUGCCAAGUGAAAACAAACCCAGAGGAGAAAAAGUGUUUUGACCUCAUAUCACACGACAGAACAUACCACUUUCAAGCAGAGGAUGAACAGGAAUGUCAAAUAUGGACAUCUGUGCUGCAAAACAGCAAAGAGGAAGCUUUAAAUAAUGCAUUCAAAGGAGAUGAUAACACAGGAGAAAAUAAUAUUGUCCAGGAAUUGACAAAAGAAAUUAUAUCUGAAGUCCAGAGGAUGACUGGAAAUGAUGUUUGUUGUGACUGUGGAGCACAAGAUCCUACCUGGCUUUCAACAAAUUUGGGAAUUUUAACUUGCAUUGAAUGCUCAGGAAUCCAUAGAGAACUUGGUGUUCACUAUUCCAGAAUGCAAUCACUUACAUUAGAUGUGCUGGGAACAUCUGAACUUUUGCUUGCAAAGAAUAUUGGGAAUGCUGGAUUUAAUGAGAUUAUGGAAUUCUGUCUUCCAGUUGAUGAGAUGGUCAAGCCUAAUCCAAGCAGCGACAUGAAUGCAAGAAAAGAUUACAUUACUGCCAAGUAUAUUGAGAGAAAGUAUGCAAGGAAGAAGCAUGCAGACAAUGCAGCUAAAUUGCACGCUCUUUGUGAAGCAGUGAAAUCAAGAGACAUUCUUGGAUUAGUUCAAGUGUAUGCUGACGGCGUGGAUCUCACAGAAAAAAUUCCACUGGCCAAUGGCCAUGAGCAAGAUGAAACAGCGCUGCACCUUGCUGUUAGAUCAGUUGAUAGAACAUCCCUUCAUAUAGUUGACUUUUUAGUGCAGAACAGUGGCAAUCUAGAUAAGCAGACCUGUAAAGGUAGCACAGCCCUGCAUUACUGCUGUCUAACAGACAACGUUGAGUGCCUCAAACUGCUGCUGAGAGGGAAGGCUUCUAUUGAAAUAGCAAAUGAAGCAGGAGAGACGCCACUUGAUAUAGCUAAACGUUUAAAACAUACUCACUGUGAAGAGUUGCUUACUCAAGCACUAUCGGGAAGAUUUAAUUCUCAUGUUCAUGUAGAAUAUGAAUGGCGAUUACUUCAUGAAGAUUUGGAUGAAAGUGAUGAUGAUGUGGAUGAAAAGCUGCAGCAACCCAGUCCCAACCGGAGAGAGGACAGGCCUGUCAGCUUCUACCAAAUUGGAUCAAACCAACUUCAGCCUAAUGUAGCAUCCUUAGCAAGAGAUGCAGCAAACAUUGCUAAGGACAAGCAAAGAGGAUUUAUGCCAAGUAUAUUACAGAAUGAAACAUAUGGAGCAAUACUCAGUGGCAGUCCACCUUCCAUUCAGCCUGCAGUACCUGUUACAAGUAGUGCACCUCCUCUACCUCCAAGGAAUAUUGGCAAAGUUCUUGGCAGUGGUAUUCAGACAAUUUCUUCAUCUAAUGCAAUGUGGAAGACAAAUUCUUUAGGAGUGGAAAGUAUAAGCAGGCAGAGGUCUUCAUCAGAUCCACCAGCUAUUCAUCCCCCUGUGCCGCCAUUGCGUGUAACAUCUACAAAUGUACUUUCUCCAGCACCACCACCUCCAGUGGCAAAGACAGCCAGCAUUAUAGAGGCUUUGAACCAGCAAUCAAAACAGCAGCCAGCUCUUCCACAAACCAAGCCAACCCCCCCACCACUGCCCCCACAACCUCCUAGCAGAAUCUCUCAGAGAAAGCCUAUUCCUGGGACUGAGAAGUCAUCUGGCUUAACUAACAAAGGGCAGACCAGAGGACUUGGGUCUCUACAACAACCUGGUAAUUGUGCAAAUACUUUGGCACAAAUCCAGCCACCAGCACCAAUGCCAAGGAAAUCACAAAUAUCAAAAACUAAACCCAAGAGGGUAAAAGCAAUUUACAACUGUGUAGCAGAUAACCCAGAUGAGCUGACUUUUUCAGAGGGAGAUAUUAUUGUAGUUGAUGGUGAAGAAGAUCAGGAGUGGUGGAUUGGUCAUAUUGAUGGAGAUCCCAGUCGGAAAGGAGCUUUCCCUGUAUCAUUUGUGCACUUUAUUGUUGACUAG